UUGAACUCAUGGAAUAUAUGAACUGUCCAAUUUUCCAAAAGAUUGCCUUAUAAACCACUGAAUCAUGUAAAUUGGGGCGCUUCAGGUGCCAGUACAUGUUCAUCUUCACGUCGCUUUCUUUUCACUCCAUCACACAGAAUUUUGCUUAGAAUUCAUCACAUAGUUUUUCUCCUCUUCUUUCUUUAGGGCCGAUUGCUUUGAAUCUUUUUUGCCCCCGAUUAACUCUUUCACUUCCUCUUGCCUUCUGUCCAUGGUCUGGCCAAAUGAUUAUUGUUUGGCCUGAAUUAUCCAUAGCAAGAACGGGGGAGGAAUCCAGUAAUCUUGCAGAGAGCAGUUUUUUGGUGUUCCCAGAAAUUUCUUUGGUUGUCAAGCGUGGUUUCGCUCCUUUUGAGUCAACCUUGAUAGAGAAAUGGCGUCUAUUGGUGGAGUUGCCGCCAUCAGCAACUUGGGUUUGGCGUACUGUUCGUCUUCAAAACAGUGCGUUUUUGUUGCAACCCAUCAGGCGAACAUGCUCAAGAUUCAAUCUUAUGCAAGAAUUUCAAUGGGUGAGUGCCCAGGUUCUGUAAUCAAGAAAAGGAGCAAGAUUCAUGGUUUUCGGAUACUUAAAUCAGUUCAAUUGGAUGUGUUUAUCACCAGUGAUGAUGAGGAUGAAAUGAGUGAAGGGUUUUUCGAGGCAAUUGAGGAGCUGGAGCGAAUGGCUCGGGAACCUUCUGAUGUGUUGGAGGAAAUGAACGAUAAAUUGUCAGCCCGUGAGUUGCAGUUGAUGUUGGUUUACUUUGCACAGGAAGGGAGGGAUUCGUGGUGCGCUUUAGAGGUGUUUGAGUGGCUGAAGAAGGAGAAUAGGGUAGAUAAGGAGACGAUGGAAUUGAUGGUGUCGAUAAUGUGCACGUGGGUUAAGAAGUUGAUUGAGGCGAAGAAUAACGUGGCGGAUGUGGUUGAUCUUUUGGUGGACAUGGACUGUGUUGGUUUAAAGACAAGCUUUAGUAUGAUUGAGAAGGUGAUUUCACUGUAUUGGGAGGCAGGGGAUAAAGAUGGGACGAUAUCAUUUGUCGAAGAGGUGUUGAGGAGAGAGAUAUCGAGUCAGGACGGAGAUAAGGAGGGGAAUAAGGGUGGACCAGCAGGAUAUCUUGCAUGGAAAAUGAUGGAGGAAGGAAGCUACAGAGAUGCCGCCAAGUUAGUGAUUCACCUUAGAGAAUGUGGCUUGAAGCCAGAGGUAUACAGCUAUUUAAUUGCAAUGACAGCAGUAGUCAAAGAGCUUAACGAAUUUGCAAAAGCACUACGCAAGCUAAAAGGCUACACCAAGGCUGGUUUGGUUGCUGAAUUGGACGCGGCGAACGUCGGGCUCGUAGAAAACUACCAAGAAGAUCUUCUGGCUGAUGGGCUGCGCUUGUCUAAAUGGGUUAUUGAAGAGGGAGGCCCGUCUCUUAAUGGAGUGAUUCACGAGAGACUCCUGGCUAUGUACGUCUGUGCCGGGCGUGGAAGUGAGGCUGAACAACAGUUGUGGGAAAUGAAGCUAGUCGGCAAGGAGGCUGACGCAGACCUAUACGACAUUGUUUUAGCUAUGUGUGCUUCUCAAAAGGAGGCCAAUUCAAUCGGGCGGCUGCUUACUCGGAUGGAGGUCACCGGUUCAUUGCGGAGAAAGAAAACAUUGUCGUGGUUGUUGAGAGGGUACAUUAAAGGUGGUCAUUUCAAGAACGCCGCGGAGACUGUCAUUAAGAUGCUUGAUUUGGGACUGUAUCCCGAGUUCCUAGACAGAGCUGCCGUGCUGCAGGGGCUGAGUCGACGAAUUCAACAACCGGGAAAUGUUGAUACCUACAUCACACUUUGCAAACGCCUUUCUGAUGCCAAUUUGAUCGGGCCGUCUCUUGUUUAUCUGCAUUUGAGAAAGCACAAACUUUGGGUUAUCAAAAUGCUUUGAGUUGGUUAGUGAUUAUGAACAAAACCUGCUUCUAAAUAAUUGUAACUGCUGUUGAUGUUGUGUAGAUAUAUAUGUACAGAUGCAAUGGUUUAGAACAAUGUGUUGUGUAUAUAAUAAAAGAAUACUGCAUAUGCUGUAAAUGUAGGAAUUGGGUGCUAAGGGACACUCUUCAUUGGCUUUUCUGAUGUAUGUUGCUGUUUAUAUUCAUUUCAUGUGUACUAAUAAAAUAUACCACUGCUUUCUCCUUUU